AAAAAGUAAUAAUUACAAAAUAUUUUGGGGAAAAAAAGAAGAAGGAAAUGGGCUACGAAACCCGACGCUAACCCUUGUCUCUGUUUCUUCAUCUCCGCCGCCUUCUCACACUCUCGAUUGGUUCCUACAAUCAAAGCUUCUCCGAUCUUCCUCGCGUGGUUUCUUCUUCGAAAAGAAGCUAUGGCUGGGAAAGCUGCAGAAACAGUGGCAAAGACUGUGACGGGGUUUCAACAUCCAUGGAGGGCAAAACUCGAUAAAUACAGAACCGAGCUGACAAAAGGCGUGUGGGGUUACUGGGAGAUGGGAGCAUGGAAACCAUUGGGGAUAAGCGCGCGUAGGAGGGCGAUGCUGAGGAAAGAAGUUUUGACUGCUGGAGAGGAUUGGCCUUACGAUCCAGAGAGGAAAGCGAUGAGGACGAAGAGGAAAGGGCACAAGUGUGAUAGAAUUUCAGCUGAGAAAAGGGAGAACACGGCGAAGCUGAUGCUGAAGAUGCCUCAGAUGCUGCUUGAUUACAAGAAGAGAAGGUGGGAGAAGAAGAUGAAGGAAGAAGAGAAAGCUAAAGAAGACAAGUGAUUGAUUAGAUUGUCACUAUAGUGAGUCUCUUGGCUGUGAAACAAAACAAUUGGUGUGAGUAGUAAUAAUCCGGUCGUGAGGAUCGGGAUUUGAUAUUCGAUAGAUGGAGGAGUUGGAUCUGAGAUAUCCUAGUAUGUUUCUGGAAUUCUUUUCUGUGAUGUUUUUUGUUCUCUUUUGUUUUUGUCUUGUUUUUAACUGAAACCAAAACGUUGUUGAGGUGUUGGGAUCGGAAUUUUUGGAUAGAAGCUCAGACUAA